UGCUCAAAGAGCUGUUUGCGAUGAUUUCGUAGAUGGCGGGAAUUCUAUUUAAAGUGUAUUCAGUAUUAUAACAACCUUAAUUGUUGUCUAAAUAUAUUUAUAUUAUAUCACACUCUUGUAAUAAUCUACUUAUUGAUCAGUGCUGUUAACACAAUGCAUGCUUUUCUCAAGCCUGGAAGUUCUGGUUUCAUCAAGAAAAAAGAGAAGCCUGUAUCAACAGAAACGACCAAAGAUUCACAUAUACCCUGGGUAGAGAAAUAUCGUCCUCGACAAAUUGAUGAUGUUGCUUACCAAGAUGAAGUUGUGAAUGUUCUAAAGAAAUCUCUUCAGGGUUCUGAUUUGCCAAAUCUGUUGUUCUAUGGACCACCUGGUACUGGUAAAACAUCCACAAUUCUGGCAGCAGCAAGAGAAUUGUUUGGACAUGAUAUGUACCGCAGCCGUGUCUUGGAACUGAACUCUUCAGAUGAACGAGGAAUUGAAGUCAUUCGAAACAAAGUGAAGAAAUUUGCUCAGAUCAGUGCCUCCGCUGUUCGACCUGAUGGAAAACCCUGUCCUCCUUUUAAGAUAAUCAUCUUAGAUGAAGCUGACUCAAUGACACUAGCAGCUCAGACGGCAUUGCGACGAACCAUGGAGAAAGAAUCAAAAACCACCCGGUUUUGUUUGAUCUGUAACUACGUGAGCAGAAUUAUUGAUCCGAUCACUUCCCGGUGUGCCAAGUUCCGCUUCAAACCUCUCACUUUAGAAAUAUUGUUGAAACGAUUACAAGACAUAUGUAGUAAAGAACAAGUGGUCUGCAAAGAAGAUGCUUUGCAAGCAUUAAUACAGGUAUCUGAGGGAGACUUAAGACGUGCUAUUACACUUCUUCAGAGUGUGUCUCGAUUAAAGGGAGAGGAACAGAUAACCAAGCAAGACAUUCUGGAAGUGGCUGGAAUUGUUCCAGAAGAUGUUAUCCGCAACAUACUUGAUGUCUGCCACUCAGAUUCAUAUGAUAAACUUAACUUAGCAUUAAAGGAGAUUAUCUGUAAUGGCCAUUCAGGCUUGCAAAUUGUCUGCCAACUGCAUGACCUCAUCAUGGUAUCUGAAGAACUCGGUGACAAGCAGAAAUGUGUCAUUGGAGAAAAAAUGGCGGUUGUGGACAAGUGUAUGAUAGAUGGAGGAGAUGAAUACCUGCAACUUCUGGAUCUCCUGAAUACUAUUAUGAACCAAAUAUGCCAUGAAAGGGAAUAGGACAUUCUUUGCUUCUUGCAAAUGAAAAAUAAAACAUAUUUUCAUACAUUUAACUUUACUUCAUGAGAGAGAGAAUGAGAACUGCCUUAAUAAAGAUGUCAUGUGUCCGAUA